ACUUCACUUCUCAAGCGCUUUUUCCUGACCCCCUUCAAGUACGGAACCCUACGAGACACUCCAGUCACCCGCCAAACUGUGCCAGAUCCGACGUCAUUUCCGCCAGAGGAAACCCCUGUCGUGACUGACUUCUUCGAUACCAAUCUAUACCAAACUAUCAUUGAGACUCCUGAGACGACCUUCACAGCAUACUUGCCUAUUCAUCCUAGCACUGAGUAUUGGCCGCCGUCAGAGCCAGCUGAAACGACCCAGCCCAGCUACGAACCGGUGUACCCUCCGGAAACCACUGAGCCAAGCUACGAGCCAACUUAUCCUCCAGAGACUACCCCAGCAUAUGUCCCUGUGCCAUUGAAACCGACGACAGUAAACUCUAUUUCGGUUCCGUCUGAGACGCCAAUCGAUAGCGAUAUGGGCUAUUCUCAUGAUGGGUAUAAGGCAGUAGCCUACUUUGUCAAUUGGGCCAUCUACGCCCGCAAUCACAACCCCUGGGACAUUCCCGCCGAGAAGCUAACCCACGUUCUCUACUCGUUCGCUGACAACCAGCCCGACGGCACAGUCAUUCUAACCGACAGCUGGUCUGACGUAGAAAAGCAUAAUCCGGGUGACUCCUGGAACGAUACCGGCAACAACAUCUACGGUUGUUUGAAGCAGUUCUUCCUCCUCAAGAAGCGUAACCGCAACCUCAAGGUUCUCCUUUCCAUUGGCGGUUGGACGUACGCCCACGAAUCCAAGCACUUCGAUGCUCCCGCCUCCACAGCCGCCGGACGCCAGAAGUUCGCAGACUCCUGCGUCCAGCUCAUCAAAGACGUAGGAUUCGACGGCAUCGACGUCGACUGGGAGUACCCGUCAUCCCCCGCGCAGGGUGAGCAGUUCGUGCAACUACUCCAAGCAAUCCGCUCCGCUAUGGACGCAUACGCGGCGACGCUGCCUAGCAAUCCAAAGUUCGACCUUACGAUCGCCGCGCCGGCUGGGAAGCAAAACUAUCAGUACCUCCCUCUCCAAGAGAUUGCCAACGUAGUCGACUUCAUUAACCUCAUGGCUUACGACUACUCCGGCUCCUGGGACAGCUGCGCCGGCCAUCAGGCCAACAUCUACCACGAUCCCAGUGGCUGCACGCCUUUCUCAUCUUCAGCUGCCGUCAGCGAUUAUAUCGCUGGCGGUGUCCCCGCUAGCAAGCUUGUCCUAGGUAUGCCGCUCUAUGGCCGCGCGUUCACGAACACGGAUGGCCCGGGAAAGAACUUCAGCGGUGUUGGUGACGGAAGCUGGGAGAAUGGAAUCUGGGAUUAUAAGGUGCUACCCAAGCCCGGCGCGCAGGAGUUCGAGGAUGAUAACUUCGGUGCGAGCUGGAGCUACGAUCCGACUGCUAGGACGAUGGUGAGCUAUGAUACCGUCGGCAUGGCGGUCAAGAAGGCAGCGUGGAUCAAGGACCAAGGGCUCGGCGGCGCGAUGUGGUGGGAGACCAGCGGGGAUAGGAACGACACGGGGAGCAUUAUCCAGAAUGUCGUGCUAGCGCUAGGCGGGCAGGAUGGCAGCAAGCUGGCGAAGCAGAACAACAAUCUCGAGUAUCCUGAUAGUAAGUACGAUAACAUUCGGACUGGCUGCCAGGGGCAAUGA